AUGGUGAAGAUUGCACUCAUCGGGGCUGCUGGCCAGAUUGGUACUCCUCUGAGUCUUCUGUGCAAAACGAGUGAUCUCUUCGAUGAGAUUUCCCUGUACGACCUGGUCCAUGUCCCUGGUAUUGCGACCGAUUUGAUGCACAUUGACACAAGGGCCAAAGUCAAUGGGUAUCUUGCCGAGGAUUCUGGGCUUAAGAAGGCUCUCACAGCUGCGGAUGUUGUGGUUGUCACUGCUGGUAUUGCUAGAAAGCCAGGUAUGACAAGAGAUGAUUUGUUCAAGACCAAUGCUAGCAUUAUCCGCGAUAUUUUCACCGAGGUUGCUGCAACAUGCCCUAGCGCAACAUACUGUGUCGUUACAAACCCAGUCAACUCGACUCUUCCCAUCGCAGCUGAAACUUUGAAGAAGGCCGGUGUUUUCGAGCCCACGCGCCUCUUUGGUGUUACCACUUUGGAUGUUGUUCGUGCUUCUACUUUUGCUGCACAUGCUCUUGGCAAUGGUGCCAGUCCCAGGGAUUUUAAGGUCCCUGUGAUUGGUGGUCACAGCGGAGCCACGAUCCUGCCCCUCUAUAGCCAGGCUGAGCCCCCAGUGAACCUGAGUGAAGAAGCACUGGCAGGUGUCAUAAAUCGUGUGCAGUUUGGUGGUGAUGAAAUCGUCAAAAGCAAGCAAGGCGCUGGCAGUGCAACCACAUGCAUGGCAUAUGCCGGCUUCCGCUUUGUUAAGGCAAUAUUGGAAGCUAAAAAUGGCCAGUCCGUGAUAGAAGAGGCAUAUGUAUACUUGCCAGGUAUUUCCGGCGGUAAGGAGAUCGCUACUAAGCUUGGUGUUGACUUCUUCGCUGUCAAGAUUGAGCUCGGCAAGGCGGGCGCAUUAAAGGCAUUGCCUAUUGGUAAGAUCUCCGAUAAUGAGGCCAGGCUUCUUGGUGUCGCCAUCGAUGACUUGAAAAAGAAUAUCGCUACGGGAUUAGCAUUUAUGUCAACAUGA